AAUUUUGUUACAUUCUGCAUAUCUACAUUACCCAAAAUGAGCGCGAAAACCCCCACAGUAUUAAACAGAUUGUCAUUAUCAAGUUAAAUGUGAGGAAGAUCAAUAAACUGUGUCGGAGAAAAUUGAGCAAUGUCACGUGAUGAGUCAUAGAGAGGAAACAACAUGCUUUCAAGUAAGCAUUUCAAAGCAGCAUGCUUCUAAGUCAUUGGGCAGAUAAAGCUUGCUGAUGUGGAAGUGAGUUUUUUUGUUGUGACUACCGUCAACAACAUCAGCUCAACAGCAGAUUACAAAGUUCAAAGACAAAGUCAUUCUGUCGUUGUCUCCUGCGUCAAGACUCAUCGGUUGCCUGGCUUCAAGAGCGUAAGCUGCUAGAGGAAGACGAACGUUGGAAAGCCGAUACACGAUCGUUGGUCACUUCUCUCGCGCAUUUACAAGGAGAAAGGAUGGAUCUGGACACUGAGCGAAGCUGCUGUUGAAAACGCUGAUGGAUCUGAGGGAGGACAAUUUCGAGUACUUCAAGUUCUAAACAGACCUGCCUAAAAGCGUAAGUAAAAACCCGUGCCGUGUGUACAUUGCUGACAAGCUGGUGAUCAAGCACGGCGAGAAGACUCUGGAUGAGACCAUCAAGAUUCUGGAGAAGAUAGGCUACAAGAACUUGGCCAAGAUGUUGCAUCACAACAAGCUGCAAAGAAGAGGUGCCGUCUAUGAUGUUCAGAUUGCCAGAUUAAAGGCGGACCUGCAAGGCAACCUGCAACGUAUAUACAGCUAUGUUCCCGAGGGCAACACCGAGCGCUGGCAGCAGCAGCCUCUGGCGGACGUCUACACAGAGCUGGACGUCACCUAUGGGGCCGAAGUCAGCCCCGACCAACAACAUGAGGUCCUUCAGAUGGAGACGCGUGCUGCAGCGGCGAAGGAGUCUAUCCUGCCGUGUGACAUCUUUAAAAGCCAUGACGGGAAGCCUCGCCCAAUACGCACACUCCUCACCACCGGCUUUGCGGGAAUCGGCAAAACCUUCUUGGUUCAAAAGUUUGUGUGCGACUGGGCCAGCGGUAAUACAAAUAAGGAUGUACACUUCAUAUUUCCCUUCGCCUUCCGGGAGUUGAACACGGACGAAGGGAAAAGCUUCACGCUGGCAGAGUUCGUACGGCGGUACGUUUGCGAGAGCAGGCACAUGAGCAAGGAGACGCUGGACUGUAUAUUUUCCGAACUGCAAACGUCCGGGAAGCGGGACUACGAAAGCAGUGGGAUCAAGAUCUUGUUCAUCUUGGACGGACUGGACGAAUGCAACUUAAAAUUGGACUUGAAGAAUGAGUUGAAAGUAGACAUGGACGUGACGGAGGCCUACCCGCUGGAGGUGCUCCUGGCGCACCUCAUCAAGAGGAACCUGCUUCCCUGCGCCCGGGUUUGGAUAACCACCCGGCCAACGACGGCCCACGAUAUCCCCUCCGACCUCAUCGACAGCAGAACCGAGGUGAGAGGAUUCAGCGAUUCCCAGAGGCUAGAGUACUUCAGGAAAAGAUUCCCAAAUGAAGAGCGCGUCACGAAGCACAUCCAGAAAUCUCGCACCAUCUUCAUCAUGUGCCACAUGCCCAUCUUCUGCUGGCUCACCGCCACAGUUCUUCAGGAACAUUUGGACAAAGGGAAGGAGAGAGAGCUUCCCACGACGCUGACCAACCUGUACUCAGAGUAUGCUUUUAACCUCUUUGAAAAGUUCAAGGAGAGACAGACAACGGAGUACUUCGGAGACGUGAAAGCACUAGCAAAGCUGGCAUUUCACCACACCAUGAGUAUGCGACAGAUCUUCUACGAGAAGGACCUGGCGGACAGCGGCCUUGAUUACAGCCGAGCCGCAAAACACUGUGGAAUAUUUACACAGGUGUUUCAGGAGGUACGUCCGCUGCGGAGAAACCAACAGGACAAGAUAUUUCAGUUCAUCCAUCUGACCAUCCAGCAGUAUAUGGCCGCACUCUACGUGAUGAUGUGCCUCUUCCACGACAACAACAAUGUACUGGCUGAUUCAGAGCUGGCACCAGAUUUUUUUUUCCAAGAGGAAGAACAAGAAUCAGAAGGAGAAGGAACAGAAUCAUAUGGUGAAGAAAAAGCAGAAACAGAAGGUGGUGAUUGGAAAAUCAUAGAGGUCUUCCGGUCAGCUCUCCUGAAAGCCUCAGAGAGCGAAGGAAACUUGGACCUGUUCCUCCGCUUCCUGUUUGGGCUUUCUGUGCCGUGCAACCAGGAACUAGUGGGGGAACUGCUGAAAGCUCCACAGGACUGUGGGCAAAGCAGGUCAAAAACAGUCAAGUUGCUUAAGGAUAGGAUAAAGCGGAACCCUCCAGAGAAGAACAUCAACUUGUUCUACUGCUUAAAUGAGCUGAAGGACGACUCCUUGCUGAAGCAGUUACAGAAGAAAAGACGUUCAAGAUGUUUCGACUGGCAACCAAUGACAAAUGACAUGUGGUCGGCCCUGGCCUUCUUCUUGCUGACAGACGACGAAACCAUGGAGUCCUUUUGCCUUCGUGAAUACGACGCUUCGCCUAUAUGGCUCGAGAAGCUGUUGGUGGUGGUCAAGGCUUCUCGAAAAUCAAAUCUAAGUUUUUGUUGCCUGAACAAAGGCAGCUGUCACCUGCUGGCUUCCGUUCUCAGCUCUCCAUCCAACCUGAGGCAUCUGGACCUGGGCUAUAACCACCUGUCGGACAAGGGGGUUGAGAUCCUCUCGAAAGGACUGGCCAGCCCACACUGCAUCUUAAAAGUCCUCAAGCUGGUUUACUGCGGAAUCACAAAGCAAGGAUGCGUUGUUUUGGCCGAGGCUUUCAAGUUAAACCCGUCCCAUCUUCAAGAGCUGGACCUUUCCAAAAACACUCUGUGGGGUCAGGGGGUGGAGAUCCUCUUAAAAGGACUGGCCAGUCCACACUGCAACUUACAAGUCCUCAAGCUGGCAGAGUGCGGGAUCACAAGGCGAGGAUGCGUUUCAUUGGCCGAGGCUCUCCAGUUCAACCCUUCCCAUCUUCAAGAGCUUCACCUGAGAAACAAUUUUCUGUUGGACGAGGGGGUCGAGAUCCUCUCAAAAGGACUGGCCAGCCCAUACUGCAUCUUAAAAGUCCUCAAGCUGGAUUACUGCAGAAUACAGAAGCGAGGAUGCCUUGUUUUGGCCGAGGCUCUCAAGUUAAACCCCUCCCAUCUUCAAGAGCUGAAUCUGGGCUUCAACGAUCUGUCGAACAUGGGGAUCGAGAUGCUCUUGAAAGGAUUGGCCAGUCCACACUGCAUCGUACAAUUCCUUGACCUAUCUGCUUGUGCCCUGGACAUCGGCAGUUGUCACCUACUGGCUUCCGUUCUCAGCUCUCCAUCAAACCUGAGGCAUUUGGACCUGAGCGAUAACCUUGGUGUGUCGGACGAGGGGGUGGAGAUCCUCUCGAAAGGACUAGCCAGCCCACAUUGCAUCUUAAAAGUCCUCAACCUGUCCUCCUGUGGGAUCACCAGGAAAGGAUGCAUUUCAUUGGCCGAGGCUCUCAAGUUAAACCCCUCACAUCUUCAAGAGCUGGACCUUUCCCAGAACUCUCUGUGGGGUGAGGGGAUGGAGAUCCUCUCAAAAGGACUGGUCAGCCCACACUGCAUCUUAAAAGUCCUCGAACUAAGUCAUUGUCACCUGGACAAAGGAAGCUGUCGCCCGCUGGCUUCCAUUCUCAGCUCUCCAUCCAACCUGAGGCAUCUGGACCUGAGCUGGAACGAUCUGUCGGACAAGGGGGUUGAGAUCCUCUCGAAAGGACUGGCCAGUCCACACUGCAUCUUAGAGUCCCUCACGCUGAACACCUGCGGCUUCACAGAUCGAGGUUGCGUUUCAUUGGCCGAGGCGGUCAAGUUAAACCCCUCCCAUCUUCAAAAGCUGCACCUGUGGGGCAAUAAAACAGGACAAGAAGGAAAGAGGGCCUUCUUGGACCUCCGAGAGGAUCCCAGCUUCUGCCUGGAGAUUGGCGGCUUUGAAUUUUCAAACUAUGAACAACAUUUGAUUUGACCUCAAGAGCACCGGGUGUCAGCGCUAUGGGUAAAAGUGGCCUCGAUCACCGAAAUUGAGGAGCUUCGCCCGCAGGUGUCGGGUUCUAGACAUCCAAUCCAUUUGGACUGGGACGGACUGACCAAAAGGAUUAAGCACCGUCAACGGCAGCCAAUGAAUUCAAUAAGUACCCUAUAAAGGGUUAAGUAAUGUUUUUCACAAAUUAAAAAAGUCCCACGUACACUAGAAAUUGUUUUGCUCAUUUUGACAUCAAUGUCAUGAUCAUUUUCACUUCAUGUCAAAAAAGAUGAUCUAAUGUUGUUUUGUACAAGAACAACAGUAUAACCGUAACCUGAAGUAAAAGUUUUUUUUUCUA